ACCGCAAUUUCCUCCAAAUAACGCUAAAAUAAACGACUUGAAAACUCUUUUAACUGAUAAAUGAAUCUUGAAGAGGGGACAUGAACUGAUAAUGUAGGAAACUAAACAGAAAAUAUAAAGUCAUGUGACUUCAGCGUGAUCAUAACAACUGAGGAAAUCGAGGUCAAUGGUCACACGUGGCCUCGGGUAUAAGAGGACAAAUCGAGAUCUCAGAUCUGAUAGGGACAGAACGGAUGUAAGCACGAGAAAACUCGGCGUUGGCACUUUUCACUUUGUGGUCUUCAAUCACAACUGGUGUUUUGUACCAUAUUACUGUUCGGAAUUUCUGUAAAGUACUGAUCCAGGUCAGACCAGUAAUUUCUUGCCUCAACUCAAGGUUUUAAUUUCAUCAUACAUAACACAAGAACACAGAUGUUGAGAACAAGAACUGAGGCUUUGAGGCACAUCUGGAGAGUAAACCGCUGUCUCACGUACCACAAUCAAGAGAAGUUCAGUGCUGUUAGUGUAUCCCAACACAAUUUUGGUUGUCUCAGCAAACACAACCAGGACAGUCUCACCAAACACAAUCUAGCUAAGUUCCACUCUGGUUCAGUUGUCAGUAUGGGAGGCAGGGUAUCUCAGCCAUCUCCAGCCAUUCAUCAGUUUAUAAAUGAAGAAGUUUCUAAGAAUUGUGUCACAAUUUUCUCUAAGACAAGCUGCGGUUUUUGCAAGAGGACCAAAAGAUUACUGGACCAGCUAGAAGUGCCGUACAAAUCCAUAGAGUUGAACUGCAGAGAUGAUGGACCACUUAUACAACAGGAAUUACAAGUUAUGACUGGUUCAUCUACAGUCCCCAGUGUGUUUGUGAAUGGCCAGUACAUAGGAGGCAGUGAUGACACCAACAGGCUGCAAAAAGAGGGGAAGCUUCUACCACUAGUCAGACAGUGUAUGCCAUGAGGGACCAAACAUUACUUGUGUUGUAUUCCAGACUUCCAUCUCACCCUGCUAUUGACAGUGCUGUUUUACAAUAGGGCUGCAUAUUCUGUAUAUAUGUUGCUUUUUUU